GCCAGCAUUGCCCUGAGACUGUGCCUGGCCAGCAUCCUGCUUGCUCAUGGUACCCGGGCAGGCAAGAGACCCUUCCCGGGUAGGUGCCUGUCCUGAAUGUGAAAGGAUUGGACCCUGUUAUCCAUCCCCCAACAGACACCAGGAACUACUUGCCAGGGUCUAACAUUAUGUGAACUGUACAGUGAGUACAUUUGAAGGCCUUCAUGUGCCACCUGGUGCCUGGGAGCAAGGUGACCAGUUGAUUAAUGGCCACUGAGGCACCACUGAGGGCCUCUGCGCCUCCCUGUCUUGAGUGCCGAGGCCCAUACAUCUGUGAUUCAGAAUACUGCUUUAAGUAUUUUUUGGUGAUAGUAUGAAAACCCUUGAGCCAUUUGGUGCUACCCUAGGGUGUUAUGAAACCAAGUUCCAAAUCGUUCUCAUCUGAAAUGUGGAUAAUGUUAUUUAUUUCAGAGUUGCUGCGAGAAAAAACAUGAGAUAACAUUUGGGAAAUGGUUUGUAAACCCUGAAGGCUGCCCAAGAGUAAGGCUAAGUCAUCCCAGGGAGCCCCCUGCUGCUGGCACCAUGACGGUGAGGGGGGCCGCACUGGCCCCGGACCCAGCCUUGCCCACAACUGCAGCAGCCUCGCCCAGCAUCUCUGCCAUCCCUGAGGGCAGUCCCACAGCCAUGGAGCAGCCUGUAUUCCUGAUGACAACCGCCGCGCAGGCCAUCUCUGGCUUCUUCGUGUGGACGGCCCUGCUUAUCACCUGCCACCAGAUCUACAUGCACCUGCGUUGCUACAGCUGCCCCAACGAGCAGCGCUACAUCGUGCGCAUCCUCUUCAUCGUGCCCAUCUACGCCUUCGACUCCUGGCUCAGCCUCCUCUUCUUCACCAAUGACCAGUACUACGUGUACUUCGGCACCGUGCGCGACUGCUAUGAGGCCUUGGUCAUCUAUAAUUUCCUGAGCCUGUGCUAUGAGUACCUUGGAGGAGAAAGUUCCAUCAUGUCUGAGAUCAGAGGGAAGCCUAUUGAGUCCAGCUGUAUGUAUGGUACGUGCUGCCUCUGGGGAAAGACUUACUCCAUCGGAUUCCUGCGGUUCUGUAAGCAGGCCACUCUGCAGUUCUGUGUGGUGAAGCCGCUCAUGGCCGUCAGCACCGUGGUCCUGCAGGCCUUCGGCAAGUACCGGGAUGGUGACUUUGACGUCACCAGUGGCUACCUCUACGUGACCAUCAUCUACAACAUCUCAGUCAGCCUGGCCCUGUAUGCCCUCUUCCUCUUCUACUUCGCCACCCGGGAGCUGCUUAGCCCCUACAGCCCCGUCCUCAAGUUCUUCAUGGUCAAGUCCGUCAUCUUUCUCUCCUUCUGGCAAGGUAUGCUCCUGGCCAUCCUGGAGAAGUGUGGUGCCAUCCCCAAGAUCCACUCGGCCCGCGUGUCAGUGGGUGAGGGCACUGUGGCUGCUGGCUACCAGGACUUCAUCAUCUGUGUGGAGAUGUUCUUUGCAGCGCUGGCCCUGCGGCACGCCUUUACCUAUAAGGUCUAUGCUGACAAGAGGCUGGAUGCGCAAGAGUGCCCCCUCCCUUGCUGCCAGCACCACGAAUUCAGGCCUGGAAGCUGA